GGGAAUACAAAGAGACGCCUUCUGAUGGAAGAUGUAUAUAAAAAUGACAUGUCCUGCAAAUUUUACACAGGUAUAACAUUGGCAGUUUUUACUAUCAUCUUCAAUGUACUUAAGAUUAAGGCAUCCUCAAUGGUGUACUGGAAUAGCACAGAAACAAAUGAGCGACAGGAUUCCAAGACUCCAAGAAGAGAACCUAAACGCUUGCUUUCAUUGAAAGAAGAAUUCACUCUAACCUUGUUGCGACUACGAAGAGGAUUUGACACCAAAUCACUCAGUGAUAUGUUUGCCAUUUCUGAAAGUUCAGUAAGCCGAAUAUUUACUACAUGGAUGUGUCUCAUGAGCAUUGACCUUGGCUUUCUCAUCAAAUGGCCAUCCAAAGAACAAAUCAUGGAAAAUUUGCCCAAAUGCUUUAAACAUUUCAAAAAAACAAGAUGCAUUAUUGACUGCACUGAAUUCUUUGUGCAAAAACCCAGUCUUCCAACUGCUCAGAGAAUAACAUAUUCAUCUUACAAACACCAUAAUACCUUCAAGUGUUUAGUAGCAAUAACUCCAUCGGGUUCAUUUUGUUUUGUAUCUGAUUUGUACACUGGUAGUAUUUCUGACAAGAAAAUAGUACAAGAAUCUGGCUUUUUGGAUAAUAUCGAGUUUGGUGAUGACAUUAUGGCGGACCGUGGCUUUCUCAUAAGAGGCGAUCUAGCAUUAAAAGGUGCAACACUAAACAUUCCCCCAUUUUCUUUUGGAAGACAGAUGGGUAGCAAUGCCACCACUAAAACGAGAAGGAUUGCUCGAGCUCGAAUCCAUGUAGAACGAGCAAUUGGACGUUUGAAAAACUAUGCAAUUUUGCAAGGUGUUAUGACUCUCCAGAUGAAGCCUUUGUACAGUCAAAUUGUAAAAGUAUGUGCAAUGUUAUGCAACCUUGACUGUCAACUUGUGAAGUAAAUCUUAUGUGUGUAAAUCAGUAUAGCACAUACAUUU